GCGUCCUUCCACGCGCCUGCGCUCUGCGAGGCCCCCGGGCAGCACGGGCCGUCGCGCGGAGAUGGAGUCUGCGGCGGAGGAGCUGAUGCCCCGGCUGCUGCCGGUGGGGGACUGUGACCUCACGGAGGAUUUCGACCCCUCGCUGCCCCCGCGGACGCCCCAGGAGUAUUUAAAGCGGGUCCAGAUUGAAGCAGCACAAUGUCCAGAUGUUGUUGUGGCACAGAUAGACCCCAAAAAGUUGAGAAAGAAGCAGACAGUAAACAUUGCACUCACAGGAUGCCAUCCAGCCCCUGAGGGAUAUUCUCCAACUUUAAAAUGGCAGCAGCAACAAGUGUCCCAUUUUUCAGCCGUUCGUCAGAGUUUGAACAAACACAGAAAUCAUUGGAAGGCACAGCAUUUGGACAGCAAUGUUACAAUACCAAAAUCUGAUGAUGAAGAAGGCUGGAAAUUAUUUUGUCUGGGUGAAAGGUUAUAUUCAGAAGCAGCUAUUGCAGUGUCUGGUAAUGAAAACUUAGGAAUUGAUUACAUAAAGAUUGGUUUUCCUCCUUUCUUAAGUAUUGUUAGCAGAAUGAAUCAGGCAACAGUAACUAGCGUCCUGGAAUAUCUGAUAAACUGGUUUGGAGAGAAAGAGUUUACUUCAGAAUUGGGUAGAUGGCUUUAUGCUUUGUUGGCAUGCCUUGAAAAGCCUUUGUUGCCUGAAGCCCACUCACUAAUUCGGCAAUUGGCAAGAAGAUGCUCUGAAGUCAGAGUACUAGAGGAGAACAAGAAUGAGGAAAAAGUGUCUGCUCUGAAUUUGCUAAUCUGUUUAGUUAGCAGGUAUUUUGAUCAACGUGAUCUGGCUGACGAGCCUUCCUGAUCCCGGGUUGGAGACAGUAAAUGUUUUGCAUCACUAUAAAAUAAACACCACUACCAGUGUUAAACAGCCAGGUGCAAUGCAGCUCAAAAUGUACCUUCUUGGUAGUGAGCUUGAAUGGUGUUGAGCAAAAGGCUGAUGUCUCAUUGAAUAAUUAAUGACCUCAAAAGGGUCAACAGUGAAGUGCCUAACCACUUUCUUUAAGUCUGUUUCUCUACAAAAACUAGUGGUCUUGAAACCAAUCUGCAACUUGAGAUGUUGUAAGCACCCAAGGGUAGCUGAUAGUGGAAAAAUUGUUACUGGGCAGUAAGCCCACUUGUUGAAAUUGAAUUACUCAUCUGAAUAAAGAUUUGUAAGACAAGGUCCCAAGCUUUGUACAAAUGAAAGCUUGGCAGCUAGAAAGCUUUCAUGAACACUUCUAAAGAAUCUGAUAUUAAAGGGUUUUUGUAAAACUUUAUAAUAAAAAAUUGAAAACUGUA